AAUCACACAGCCACAUGGGGAACAAAUCAUCGUCUACCGGUAGUGUCGGCGCGGACAACCGCUCGCUAUCCUGUGCAUGGUGCCCUGGCUCCACAGGACUGGAACAUGAAGGGCCUCAGUACAAGCAGCCGCCCAUCUUAGCGACGAAGAAACAUAGCUCCACCUUGAGCAUGUACCUCGAGGCGUCGUCGAUUGCGUCGCCUGCCGAAGCGAACAAACAAUUAUCUGACCCGCCAACGUCGAAAGGACCCCGAAAUCCCACUCGUAGUGGCUCGUUCGAGUUCAAUGUGGAAGUGCCCGAGGCAUUUCGAGCCGAAAACUUGCAAGUUCGACGCACGUCCGCCAUCCGUGCGGUGUCGACCCCUCCAACCCUAGAUACGACCCCCGCAGGGCCAUCUUGAUUCAACGAGUCGUAAAGAUGCAUACCCACACUGUGAAUGUGCACAGCAUUUA